AGAGGAUGUUAAAAGUAGACAGUUAACGACAGCCCAUGCAUCGAAAUUUCUACCUACAAUAAAGUGUCGGAAAUUUAAAUUCCAAUAAUGGCAGCUGUCAUGGGUCGGACUGAGGUCGGUAUAAGAAAGAUUGGCGGGACUGCAACUGUACCCAAUGACCCAAAGGCCAGGCUUAUGUACUAUUUGAAUUGUAUGUGCUCAGUACUGGACCUCAGUGAUACAGCAAACCUGACCAGACUAAGAAACUACAAAGAAUACUAUUCCCUGACAGAGGCGGAAACAGACGCUCUCGUAACUCUUUGUUUUCUUCUGUCACCGGACGAGCUUUGUGGAAAAGUAAUUUUUCAGGAUGCGGCCAUGUGUGGAGAUAGCAACAAUGAAUUCUAUGAAGUUAGUGCUGUUCACCACAAUCUGUUGGUCUCGGAUUCCAUUAUUAUCGGCGGUCAACGUAGAGCGGUCUCAAAAAUUAUGGCGUUCAAACAACAGUGGCUUGUCAAAAACUGGAUAGAUCCUAUGAAAGAUUUCGCCCCUCGUCUUGCUAGGAUUGCCGGCGCUGUUACCGGAAGAGGUACUGGCGCUAAUACCGGAAGGACACCCCCGGCACGUGCGGUGGCGUACAGAGCACCAACUGAGCCUCAAUACAGAAGCAAUUAUAGAAGCACCGAUGAUGACUGUUGCUGCACAAUACAGUAGCGGGCGGUAAUUUUUCAUAUAUGAAGGAAAAAAGUAAACAAACUGUAACAUUUUAUCAAAAGAUAUAAUGUAGACUUAUGUGAUAUGUAUAUUAUAAUUUGAGAUAUGAAAUUUAUCAUUCAAAUACUGAUUAAGGAAGUUAUUUAUUCGUGGAACUACUAAGUUAAUCUUUACAGAUAACCUUAAUUUUGUAUAUACGGGAAUAUCUUUGACAACAUGACCUACUUUAACUUGUUGAACUAUUUAUUAUUCUAUUGAUCGUUUGACAAAAUUCGGUUAAUAAUGGGAUGAUGGUAAUGCAUUGAAAUUGAGCAUUUGCAAGGACUAAACAUAGAAUAACAGUUAUAGAAUACUGAUAGGUUUUUAAAAACUGUCAUUUUUUAGUUUGAGAUAUUCAAAAUGGAGAUCGCGACAAAUUAGUUUGCCGUUGUUUCGCAUUCUGGUUCACAUGCGCAAAAGCUUUUUUAAGGCCACCUAAUUGCCACCCUUAUAUUAACGGAAAAAUAACUUAGUUCGUUUUUCGCAAUCAAUAAGAUAAAAAUGAUACGGUCUUACCUCAGUUGGGUACUAAGCAAGCGACGUGUACUCACUUUUAUUUACCUCCAUUAUUGGAAACUGCAUAUGUGUAAUUUAACUUCGCAUGGCAACCGAACAGAAUGAUCAAAUGCUAUAACUGUCGUGUCCUUGUGUGGCGCACCGUCAGUACGAGGACUCGACAAAAUAGAAAAUAAUACAGUGUCGUCGCGUGGGGUGGAAGUCGCAAACACGACAAAUGAUUUAUCGUACUGUGGUGAUAUCGUUCUGACGGGUGCCAGCACCUCAGCAAGACAAACAUGAUGCAAACAUCUAAGCUCGACACGGUGCCAAUAUCUUAGCAUGACAUGGCAGAAACGAGCAACCAUAAAGUCAUAUCAUGUUAACUAAAAUUCUGGUCAGAAUAUUUUGCAUUUGUCCAAAGAAACCAAUCCAACUGUCUUCAAAACUUUAACAUGUAAUAAAAUUUAAAUAAAUAUUCCUUGGGAGCAGAUUAUUCUAUGCACUGUCGCUUUCAUUUAAUUACAAUGUAUGUUUCAAUAUAAAUACUAGAUACAGUAAUUUUGCUUUAGAAUGACAAAACUUUACUUUUCAUGGUUCAAGAGCAUUCUGUCUUCUAAGCAUCUAUUUUCUCUAGGAAAACCUCUCCGUGGACUUUUGAAUAAGUUCAUAAACUUGCUUUCUAAAGACAGUUUCAACAAGAAGGAACAAAGUUGAACACAUGGUUCAUCUAAUAUUUGCAAUAUCUGGAGGAAAACACAAAUUUGAUUAGCAUAUUAUCAUAUGCAAAUAAUCUUGCAAUUUGGAAGAAUGCACCUAAUGUAUAAAUCAAAAUUAUCUUCACAAAAACCUAACUGUAUAAUUUGCCAGCAAAUAUAUUUUUAAACGUACAUCAACUCAGAAGCGUGCAUGUAGGCGUAUUUAGGUUUACUUUUAAAUUUUUCAACAGAGUAUUAUGCAAGCAUUUCAUCCAAAAGUAUUUCUUUAUCUGUUUUGCAUGUUUGCUGCGCAGAUAAGAGUUUAAAACCUAGCUGUAAUCUUCUAGUUGUAAGGUCUCCCAAACAAAAAUACUUAAAAGCCUCUGACAUUAACUUUAUUUGCUACUUUCUGUUAACCUAAUAUACCAUUUUAUGUAUGCCACUUUAACGCCAAGCACAAGAUAACAUUUUUUAUGUUAAUAGUUUCUGUUUAUCAAACUUUAUGUGUAUAUUUUUGUAUGUUGCCAAUACGUGAUUGUUCCUAUUAAUACAUGAUCUUGUUUAUAGACAACAUUGAAAAAAUACAAUUAUUUGAUCACUAACACCUCUUGUUAAAUAAAGCCUUACUCACUUUAAUAUAUUGACCUUUAGAUAAAGUGCCUACACUCCUCAAUUAAUCUUUUGCAAAUAAUGAUGUAUUUCGACCCCCAUAG